AUGAUCUGCGUUGAAAAUUCUGCUAUUCAAAAAGAUAUGCAAUCACGGAAAGAUAUUGUUACUUUAUCAAGCAUCCAUUGGAAUAAGGAAUUCAUUAACGCAAAGAACACAUUCAAUUUAAUCUCUGUUCUUUCCAUCGGAUAUCGGAUAAUCACAGUAAAGAAUCAAACCUUUGUACGUACACAGAGAGUAUCAGAUCAGAGUAAUUCAGAUAGUAAUGAAAAUGAUUAUAUGAAUACUGGAAUGUUAAGUAAAAAUUAUUCAGAGACCAAAAAACUUUUAUUAAAGGUCACUAUUACUGUAGGUAUUAAAAUAAUCACAACAAUAUUGAUUACUGUCAUAUUCAAUAAUGUGACAGCUAUCAAAACUGUACUAAAUGAACAUCCAUGGAUAUCACCUGUAUUUGGUAUACAGGCUUUACUUUUCGGUGGACUACUCUUCUUUGUACCGAAUUCAUUGACCAGUAAACCAUGGAAUUAUAUUCUUCUCUCAUUGAUUGCACUGACAUCUGGUAUUGUAAUAUCAACAUUUGCCAUUCUUCCAUCAACUACCUGGUCAAUGUUAUCCUGGAUUAUCGCCAAUAUGCUGUUCGGUGUAUUCUUCAUUGCUGGUUUAAAGUUAAAAUUUGACUUAACAAGAUAUUGGCAUUUAAUUAUUAUUUAUGCACUGAUAAUGAUGUGUUUAGGCUUUAUCAUAUCAGUACUGUUAAAUGAACUGAAAACAGGUCAAGUAGCUAAUCAUAUACUUGGCGCAAUUUAUGUUCUUAUAUCUAUUCCUUGUAUUAUCUGUGAAGGUCAAAUGAUGCAAGGCGGGAAAUGUAUUGUAUUUAAAAGGAAACAAUUUGUAUUAGCAAGUUUAAUGUGUUGGUUUACGCUGAUCUGUACAUAUUUUGGAGUGUUGUUUCAACUGUCAGACUAUAAUUUCUUUGUAUCAUAUAUCUCUAAUACAUAA